CACGCAGGAAUAUAGCUUGGUAAUAAACCUUGUAAGAACUUGGAACUUGCUUUCAGCCUUCGUUAUGAGAUACUUCUUGCUCUUUAUGGUCGCCGUUGUCUGCGAAGGGACAAGGAUACCUAGGAUAUCGGAGUCCUUUUUUCCGGGCUUUCAAGGCGCUCAUCAUGGACACGGUGGCCCUAGAUAUCAGCACGGACAACUGGAUAACUACGGUCCUGUACAAUUUCCUGGAGAUUACAGGGGACCCUAUGGAAACUUGGAUAUAGGGAACGAGUUCUACGGUCGUCAGGGUGCCAUUGGUGGUCACGCGAACGUUGCCGACCAUUUUGCAGGAGGUCCGUUCAACGUUGCUGGCAACCACGGAGGCUUCAAUCCACAUCAGGCUCUUCCUCGGAACUACGAACGCUACAACCAUGCACACGAUUACGAUUAUUAG